ACAGAGCAGCAGCCCCAGGACUCUCUCCUCACUGUACAGAGCAGCAGUCCCUGCACUCUCUUCUUACUGUACACAGCACUGGCAAUAGCAGCAGUCCCUGUAAUAUAUCCUCACUGUACACAGCAGUCCCUGCACUCUAUCCUUACAGUAGACAGCAGCAGUCACUUCACUCCCUCCUCAGAGUAGAGGGCAGCAGUCCCCGCACUCUCUCCUCACUGUACACAGCAGCAGUCACUACCUUCACAGUGUAGACAGCAGCAGUCACUACACUCUCUCCUCAGAGUAGACAGCAGCAGUCCCUGCACUCUCUCCUCAGAGUAGACAGCAGCAGUCCCUGCACUCUCUCCUCACAGGGUCCGUGCACUCUCUCCUCACUGUACACAGCAGCCCGGGCACCGGGGGGAGGCGGCGGCUCUGAGGCUGCUGUUAGGAGGAGGAAUGUACCAGGAGCAGUGGGAUCUGUGCUGGAAGCCUCCCCCCUCCUCCCCCGCUCACUGCCCGGACUCCUGACAAGCUAGGGGGAAACAGCUAGCGAUAUGUCCGGGAACCCUCCGAGUCUCGGCUGCAAGUCUCACCGGAGGACCUCUCUGCCCUGCAUUCCCCGGGAGCAGUUAAUGGGUCACCCAGAAUGGGACUACAAGAGAAGCUCCAGGGGCUCACAGUCCUCAGGUACCACCAUCACUGUAGACAUCGCUGUUAUGGGGGAGGCUCAUGGUCUCAUCACUGACCUCCUUGCUGACCCCUCAUUACCCCCACAUGUGUGCACUUCUUUACGGGCAGUUAGUAACCUUCUGAGCACCCAGCUGAACUUCCAGCCCAUCCACAAGCCCAGAGUCAACUUCAGCGAGAACUACGCAUGUUCCGAUUCAGAAGAAGGGUCCGAGAAAGGAGACAAAAUGACGAUACCAAAGCGAUUACGCAGAAGUCUUCCAUCAGGACUAUUACGCAGAGUUUCCUCAACGUGGACCACGACCACAUCUGCUACUGGCUUACCGACACUAGAACCAGCGCCAGUCCGGAGGGACCGCAGUGGCAGUAUUAAACCCACAGACACAACGUCUUUAAGUGCCAACCCUGACACGUGGAACAGCACCCUCCUGGUGAGCAUCAAUAAGAGCCGCUCCUUCUCAACGCCAUUCGCCGUGUCCAGCGUCAAUCACCUGAACUCUAAGAGAAGACAAGGUAUUCCUCCCAGCAUUUCUCCGCUUACCUCCCCAUGUCAUUCUCCCCUUCACGGGACACCAGCCCCCAGUCCAACAAUAAAAUCCUUCCCUACACAAUUCACAGACACUGGUGAUGGCAGCCGGCUGGGUUUGAACCCACACAAGACCUUAACAUGUACCAAGAGUGCACCUGAAAUCCCUGAGCAACUGCAUGAAGCUCCAGUCGUAUGUAGCAGCUGUGGCAGGCCGUACAACCAGGAGAAUCCAACAGAGAGGACGCUGGAUGGACACGAGGACGCACCACACUCGGGGAACAGAGCAGAUGAUCCGGCUCACACCACAUCAGACUAUGACAGCACGCAUGAGACCAACAACAGCGACAGCAGCGAUAUCGUACAGAAUGAUGACGAGGCGGAGCUAACACAGUCCAGGAAAGUUUCUGUGUCCAGAACGUACCGACCCGACAGCAUAGACCUCCAUGCGUUAACAACCGAGGACAAGCCCUUCUUGGCUCCCGAGCCCCUUGUUAUGGAUAACAUUGAGGUCCUCAUGGGAGAGAUUAACAAUUGGAACUUUCCUAUAUUUGACCUGAUGGAGAAAACGGGUGAGAAAUGUGGCAGAAUCCUUAGCCAGAUGUCGUAUCGGCUUUUUGAUGAUAUGAAUCUGCUGGAGACAUUUAAGAUUCCACUGAAGGAAUUCAUGAACUACUUCCACGCGCUGGAGAAUGGAUACAGAGACAUCCCCUAUCACAAUCGGAUCCACGCCACUGAUGUCCUGCAUGCUGUCUGGUAUCUGAGUACUCAGGCCAUCCCGGGACUCCAUACAAUUGUGAAUGAUCAGAGCUCGGCCAGUGAUUCCGAUUCUGACAGUGGAAUCACACAUGGACACAUGGGAUAUGUCUUCUCUAAGACGUACAAUCCCUCUGAAGAGACAUAUGGCUGUUUAUCGGGUAAUAUACCAUCCUUAGAGUUGAUGGCGCUGUACGUAGCGGCAGCAAUGCAUGACUAUGACCAUCCGGGACGAACCAAUGCCUUCCUAGUAGCUACAAAUGCCCCCCAGGCAGUGCUAUAUAAUGAUCGGUCAGUCCUGGAGAAUCAUCAUGCAGCAGCUGCCUGGAACCUCUUCCUCUCCAGGCCUGAAUAUAAUUUCUUAGUCAACUUAGACCACAUGGAGUUUAAGAGGUUUCGCUUCCUGGUGAUCGAGGCGAUUCUGGCCACAGACCUCAAAAAGCACUUUGAUUUCCUGGCAGAGUUCAAUGCAAAGGUGAAUGAAGAUGUAGGACCCGGAAUCGAUUGGUCAAACGAGAAUGACCGAUUAUUGGUUUGUCAGAUGUGCAUUAAGCUAGCUGACAUCAACGGACCCGCCAAGUGCAAGGAUCUCCACCUCAAGUGGACGGAGGGCAUUGUCAAUGAGUUCUAUGAGCAGGGCGAUGAAGAAGCAAGUCUCGGGCUCCCAAUCAGCCCCUUCAUGGAUCGAUCGGCUCCUCAACUGGCCAAACUUCAAGAAUCUUUUAUUACUCACAUUGUGGGACCACUAUGUAAUUCAUACGACUCUGCCGGACUGAUGCCUGGGACAUUGAUAGAGGACAGCGAUGAUUCCGGGGACACAGAUGAGCAGGAUGAUGACACGGACACCACAGAGGAGGAGACAUCUGAACCCUCCGAGAACCUAACAAGUAUGUCCUCUCAGAUCUUCUGUUGUUUCAAAGAUGCCUUAUGGGGGAUUAAGUCAGGGAAGGAAAAGAAAAAAUGCAAAAGAAAAAUCUUCUGUCAGAUCACACAACAUCUGAUGGAGAACCACAAGAUGUGGAAGAAAGUCAUUGAGGAGGAGCAGAGGUUGGAGGAGCCAGAUAAGGAGGCGCCUGCUCUUCACCCAAGCUCUGAACAAAUUGCAGCCAUCAGGGAGGAGGAAGAGGAGAAAGCCGUCCAAAAGGCGGAGGACUCGGAGGGCGAUGCGUGAGGACUGUGCGCUCCGCCCACCUCCAGCCUGCACAAAGCUUAUACACAACACUGUAGACAACGAUGCCGUGCCUCCACCCAGUAUAUACUGCGAGGUCCCCGGUGACCUCCGACGCUCAAGGACGCAAGCGCACUGACGCAAGCGCACCGCUGUGACACCUCCCACAUCCUCGAGAGACUUAAUGGAGGGCACAGCUGCACAUUUCUGAAAUCAUAUAAUAUAUUUAAUAGCUAUAUCUCUUUAUCUGUAUGAUGGAUGCGCCUCCUGCCGGGGUAGGGUAGGGGUACAUAUAUAUAUACGUAACGGUCACUGUGAACAAACACGUAAAUGUCUGCGCAACAUGGCGCCAGUCAAGCACAUUUAUUAUUAAAGAGGCGAUCAGUUA